CCAUCUUCUCCAGCGCAGUUGUGGACUUGCUUUAUUACUGUUAAGAUGCGCGCUACUCGUGUCAUGAUGAUCACGCCGACACCCGUUCUCACGUGUUGAAGGGCGAUUUGGAGAAAGAGCAAGUGAUACCAGUGUCAUAUAGGUGUGCAUAGGUGUUAAGUAUGCAAAUGUUAAUUAUGUGGUUACCUGAGGGCGAUUAUGAGUGUUGAGGAUAAUCACUGUGAUGUGUUAUGUUGAGUCGCAAGUUUUCCCUUCUGUGGCUGCUGCUGUGGUAACUGUGGCGUUAUCUCCAGCUGUCACCGCCGUCGUCAGCAGCUGCGCCUCGAGUCUGAGGGGCUGUCAGACUGCCCAGAGGAAAGGAGGCUCCGGGCCAGGCCAAGACAUGCGAGGAACCAGCUGAGGAGCACAGACCCGUGAUGGUGCAGAUGGGGCCAGUCCAGCAUGUCCCAGGCAUCAGCAGCAGCAGCGGCAGUAGAGAGCGGCGGUGGUAAGCUGCAGCCGCCGCACAAUGUGGUGGUAUAUGUGGCAGGCGAGGGGGGUGGGGGGCCGGGAGGGGCGCAGGUGCCUCCUCGUGCCAUGAUCACCCCUCACCCAGUCAAACCAACCAACCCCCACAUGGUCAAUGGCUUCAGGGUGGCUAACCCGUUGCAUCAGCAGCAGCAGCAGCAACAACAGCAGCAACAGCAACAAUCUCACUAUGGUAUGCAGAUGAACGACAGCCUUCAGCAGCAACAGCAGUUCCUUAUGAAUAAAAUGAAUGGAGUUGAGGGAGCGACAAACUGCUUCCCAACGAGCCAGGCUCCUCAGCAGCUGCAGUACCUUCCUGGUGGCAACUAUGUCACCACAGUUACUGUUCAUGCUUCAGAGCAAUCACAACAAAUGCAGCAACACAGUAUGCAGCAGCAGCAACAACAGCAGCAGCAACAGCAGCAGCAGCAGCAGCAGCAACAACAACAGCAACAGCAGCAGCAACAGCAGCAGCAGCAGCAUUUACAAAAUCAAGUUAAUGUUAACGUAAUGGGUUCCAUGAAUGGUUACGUGCAGAAUGGUGUUAUGAUGCAAGUUAGCAAUGGCACCAUAAACAACAACUCUGCAAUAAUGUGCAAUGCACAGAUGAUGAAUAAUCAGAUGGCUGCUAGUAACAAUAAUAAUAACAACAAUAAUAAUAAUAGUAACAAUACCAGUAAUAAUAAUAAUGCAGCUAUGAAUAAUAACAAUAAUAAUAUGGUUGUUGCUCGACCAAGAACUAGUUCCCGGUGUGACUCAGUGAGAUCAGAAACGGCAGAGUCAAGUUGCAGUAGUCUGAGCUCAGAUAGUCAGAUAGAACAUAGUCAGCAGCAGCAGCAGCAGCAGCAGCAGCAGCAGCAGCAGCAGCACCAACAACAACACCAACAGCAGGCUAACAGUCAGUUCACCAACAAUCAGCAAUACCAGGUUAUGAACAAUGCACAGUAUAUGAACAACCAUAUGCAAGCAGUGAACCCAAAUAGUUACAAUUGUUAUCCAAAUUACAUGGCUGGUCAGUCGUCUGGUGGUGGUAGUAAUGUGAGCGGAAUGAAUCAAACUGGUGUGUACAAUAAUCAAAAUAUUGUACAGGCCUUUCACCAAGUGAACACAGUGCAGCAUGUACAGAUGCAGGGGGGACAGUUGCAGAUAAUGCAGCAGCAAUACCAAUAUGUACAGGGCCAGAAUAUGAACGUAAUGCCACAGAACCAAGGCAUGUGUGUGAACAAUAUGCAGAGAUUGGGUAUGAUGCAGGCUGGGGGGAUGGUACAGGGUCAGGGGACCAAUAUGAUGCAUGGACAGAUCAUGCAAGGACAGAACAUUGCAACUCAUAAUGCCAAUGUGAUGCAAGGACAAGGCAUGAGCAUGGUGACGGGACAGCCAGGAAUGAAUGUGAUGCAGGGUCAGAACAUGAAUAUGAUGCAAGGACAAGCAAUGAACAUUCCACAGCCGCAGAGUGGAAAUAUGAAUGUAAAUCAGUACCACGCAGGUCAUGGACAAGAAGUGAUGAAUCAGUGUAACCUAGUGAUGGGAGGGCAGAAUGGAGGUCAUGGCAACCUGAUGGGCAUGCAGGGUGGCAUGCAACAACACAUGAUGGGUGGAGGCAUGAUGCCUGAACAGCAGCAGCAAGCAGUCAUGAUGGGAGGUGCCAUGCAGGGAAACAUGGCCAUGGUGCCUGUUGGUGCCAAGAUGGCUGGAUCUAACAUGCCUCACACCAACUUGAUGGCUGGCUCAGGUGGACCACCAGUAGGUGUCAUCAACACCAUGUGUGGUGCCAUGCCAGCAGGCACUCCAGCUGUACAUCCACCGGCUGACAGCAAGAAUUUCAUGCCACUUGUUGUUCCAUUUGGAUGGAGGAGAGUCAUCAACAAUGGUCAAGUCGUCUAUAUAAGGUAAGCAAGGAAGGCGCUAGAUAGUGACGAGGGAAAAGGAGGAAGAGGUAAGGAAAGGAAGAAAAAAGGGAACACCAAAUAGAGGAGGAGGAGGAGGAGGAGGAGGAGGAGGAGGA